AUGAUACGUGAGAAGGCCCUUUUCUUUGCUAGUACUUGUGGCAGUUCAGAUGGCAAGGAGAAGGUGCUCAGUACAAGUUGGUUGGAGAAAUUUAAACGCAAGUAUAACUUGAUGGGUGCAAGGAAUCGCAAGGGCUCCUGGACCAGCACAAAGAGCGAAUCGGAUAGCCCUACUUGUUUAAGCAUUGAUUCAGCACUGGCAUCUGCCGUCCAGUCGCCCACGUUGCUCUCGCCUACAUCCCCAACAGGCUUUCUAUCACCAUUGCCAUUAUCGCCCGUCCAGAGCAAUGAGAACAUCAGGGGCGAGCUUGUUCAGAGUCUCGCAGAAAUUGCCAGUGACUAUCAACACACGCAUACCAAGAGUACAACAUCGCUGGACACAACAUGCUCUUUCUCUGCUGGGCUCACCAGCCCGACAUCCACUUUCGUGACGGAAAGUCCAUUCACUCCUACUAGCCAGUCUCUUGGCCACUACGAAAACUCCGAGCAUUUGACAAAAGCCGCGCUACGACAGGCACUCUCAGUCUCAGAACAUCAAUCUUCCCCUGACGACCAUCACGAUCAGAAAAUUCUCCCAGCGCUUGACACGUCGGCGAAUACAAUCAAACGCAAUCGCAGCAACCCGGAGUUUAAAGCCAAGUCCAUAUACCCACCGUUGUUCUCAAAGUCGAACACUGUGUCUCCAGUUAGCUCCCCGGGUUCGCCAACCCAGGAUGAAGCUAGGAGAGCACUAGAACUUGUGAUGAACUACUUUAAACAGCAGCCUUCAGGACUUGGGGCAGACGAUUAUAUGACAAUUGGGAAGCUGAUGGAAAGGCUUGAGCUCGCCAAGGCACAGCAAGUGACACUCCCAGGGGGCCUCACUCGAAUCGACGAACACGAUGAUUCGCCACAACUGAACAGGAAGAGAAGUAUCCACAGUCUUGGCUAG